GUUGGGUUUACAUUUACAAUUAUUUACAGCAAGAUGGAGAUAUGCCAAUUCCGACCAGAUUGAUUGCAGGUGAUAACUUUAACCGUGAAAAAUAAAACUUACUUUGUUCACUCUAACUCUAAUUUAUGUAAUAAUGUUUAUAAACGUUACCUUUCCCCCCCCCUUAGCGUUGCCGGCCUUGGACAUAAUUUGUCAUUGUUGAUGCCACAAGUUAGGCUCAAAAUUGAGGAGUUGUCCUGACUCCUGUCGACUUCGUCAGUAUCACACUCGUCGCUGGUAUGUGAAUGUGACUUCUUGGGCUUGAAUAAACAUAAGAGUAUUUCUGUAAUCAAAACUGUUGAAGAGUUCAGUCACGAUAUUUGUUGGGUUUACAUUUACAAUUAUUUACAGCAAGAUGGAGAUAUGCCAAUUCCGACCAGAUUGAUUGCAGGUGAUAACUUUAACCGUGAAAAAUAAAACUUACUUCGUUCACUCUAACUCUAAUUUAUGUAAUAAUGUUUAUAAACGUUACCUUCCCCCCCCCCUUAGCGUUGCCGGCCUUGGUCAUAAUUUGUCAUUGUUGAUGCCACAAGUUAGGCUCAAAAUUGAGGAGUUGUCCUGACUCCUGUCGACUUCGUCAGUAUCACACUCGUCGCUGGUAUGUGAAUGUGACUUGCUUGAAUAAGCAUAAGAGUCACAGGCAGUCACCCAACUGUGGAGCUGAGACUAGCUGAUACUGAAUGCGUACCCUGAAUGCUAAUCUGGAGUUGAUGUGGUAGUCCUACAUUUGUACAGUCACAGUGCUUCAGUGCUUAAAAGUCAAUUGAAUUAAUACUACAUCAAAUCAAACCAACUACAACAAAGUACAAAGGCACAAAAAGGAGUCCAAGAAAUAGGUAUAAGUGAGUUUGUUAGGCCUAUACUAUAAUUAUAAUAUAAAAAAGAAUAAUUUAAAUUUAAUCAUUAUCAAAGACAGUCCUUCGUUACUGACAUUACCAUCACAUUCACAGAUUUUAGACUUACUGAUCAUACUGGGAUUAACUAAAGGUAAAGCGGGGAGCUUAUUUCAAAUGUAAGUGAAGUCAGCAGCUUAGAGAAGCCAUGAAAUUAAACUAGUAAAAAGGCAAAGCAGCUGCCUCAUUUUAGAAUACACAUGGUUGUCAACUCUUAUAAAAAAAGAAAAAGAAAGAUGAAAAUUCAAACAUAUCCACACAUUUUUUACAGACUAGAUUUUUUUUUUGUAUGGACACAUUUUUAAAAUAAACUUAUGAAGCUAAAAAAAAGGCAAAAGUUCCAUGUUAUGUCUGUGUAUCACUCUAUAUAAAUUGACCAUUUGAGCCUAUUAUUAACUAUUAUAUUAUAAAGUUAUUUAUUUAUUGUAUAGCAUCCUCAAUAUUGUGGAAUUGUUCCUGAUUAUAAUCAUGCAAGGUUCAAGCAACUAAGGAGUUUUGCUCCAAAAAAAUUGUGUCAAUGUUUUAUUUUUUUAAAGACAACCUUAACUUCUUACGUAAAUUUACAGACAGUUGGGAACGCUGAAUCGACAGCUCAGCAGCUAAUCAUAAUGAAGUAGAGAUUAUUUAUUAAUUUUUCCAUUAUCCAAAUGGAUGUGUCAUAGCAAUUGUUAAACUUAUAAACUCCAGGUUAAGGUUCCUCUAUAAUACCUUUUAUGUAAUGAAAAUUUUAAAAUUUAAAGUUAACACAGUUGAGUUGUAACUGUAGCAAUCUUUUAAAUAUAGGUCCUUACUUAUAGUAUUUCAUUAAAAAAAAGUCAACAAAAUUAAAAAAGUAUGCUCUUUCUAUCAAUUUUAAUGAGUGAUCACAAGAAUGAACUUGCAAAUCUUUUAUUUUUAGUUAUUAAAUUUAUUAAUUUAAAAAUUAUUUUUGUGCCAUGUCACAGCAGUAAAUGCAGCUGUAAUCCAGAUCUAUGGCUUUUAUGCAUUAUUUUCAAUCUAUGGAUUUGCUAAGUUUUCUGCUGUGGUAAAUGCAGCCUUUUAUGUGUGUUAAGUUCAUUUUUAUAAGCCUAUUAUAUUGUCCUAGACCUUUCUUUUGAUUUUUUUUUUUUUAAAUCAGUUCAAACAAUUGGUUUUUUUAAGUAAUUGAAAAAAUCAAAUUUUGUUGGUGGCAUGUGUCAUUUUUUUCAGUAUUAAAAAAUAGCCAUAAUUGGGCCUUUUAGUUAACAUCAGUAUUGAGUGAUAGCUUUUAACCACCAUCAUGCAUAACUUUUCUAUUCUACAGGUCUAUUUAUCUAUUGUGAUAAAAUUUGAUUAUUAAAAUACAUUUAGCAAAUUGCAAAGAAUUUAUUAUGACAUUGCAAAAUAAUGAUACUUAAGCCUAGCAUAUAUAUUUUUGCUAUUUUUAAAUUAGUAGGGCAUAGAUUAGAUCUUACAAAUAUUUAAAAUCGAAAUUUGAAGAAAUUCACAUUUGUUUUUUAAAAAAAUGUUUUCACUAGAAUGUCAGGCACUGGAUUAGAAACUGUCUUUACUGAAGAUGAGUUAGCAUCUUCAACUGAUUUGGUGGAUUGUAGGCAAGAAAACUCAAACACACAAUCAGGUAGUACAACCGCUUCUUUAGGUCACACAACAGUGGACUUUCACUUCGAAGAAGAUUAUUCGGAAGGUGAAACUAUUCUGGAUGGCAAUGUCACGGUGUCAGGAAAAGAAAGACAUUUACAGCUGAAAUCUAAAGGAUUGAAACUUACAUCCUGUAAAUCCGAAAAGAAAGACAAACAAGAAGGUAUUUUCUCUUGUUACAAUAAAAUCUGUUGCUUGUUCAAGUGAAUGGUGAUUAUGAGUUUAUUUACAUUUUGUGAUCAGUGGUUCAUAGCAGAUAAUUUUAAUAUUAAAUAGGUGAUGCAUUAUAGGAAACUACAGUAUGAAGGAUUGUGUAAAUAAGAAAAUCAAUUGAUAAUUUAUAUUGCAGUUCUUUUUCUGGUUUGGCGAGAUAUCAUCCAAGUUGAAAAGGAAUCAAAAGACUCAGAGCAACAAGAACAAACUACAUUUUUACUUCACCACAUUAAUAGACGCUCUAACAGUGUGCUGCGACUGGAGACAGUGAAAAUUGAAGAUUUUGGUGGACAUGGAGAGAAAUGGAUCAACAUUAUUUAUGACCAAUGUCACAAAGGUGACAUCUAACAUUCAAGCUACAUCUGCAAGCAAAUAACUCUCUUUAUUUUAUAUUAUCUUUUUGGCAUGUGCAUUGCUCUUAAAGAUUAAGUGUACUGUGGUUUUCCUCUAUAACCUAAUAAGAUGUUUAUUAAUCCUUAUACUUGUAUGUAUUUUGAGAAAAAAAGAUCAAAUCAUUUCAUAGAUAAAUAAAAAAAAACCCAACAAAUUAGUUAUAUCCUUUUUUUGUUCAUUUGGUUCAAAAGCAUAUGGUUCUUUUUAAACAUAGUUUUCUAGUUUUAUUGCAGGUCUUCAAUAAUAUAUUGAUGCUCAUUAAAAUAUGAAAAUUGCUUUCAGUUAGAGGGCGUCCCCAUAAACUCUUUGUCCUCAUCAACCCAAUUGGUGGAGCAGGCAAGGGGCGCCAGAUAUAUCUUAAGAGUGUUGCACCAUUAUUAGCUUUGGCUGAAAUUCAAACUACAGUAUUAAGUAAGCUGUUUCUUUUUUCCCCCACUAAUUUUUUUUUUUAGCUUUUAAAAAGUACUAAAGCAAAUUCAAGCAUAGAAUUUAAGUUUAUCAAAUUCUAACCUCUUGUAACUUCAAAAUGUUAAUUUUUUUUCAUUGCUAAUACAUGAUCAAAGAUAAGCUUAAAUUUACUGGGAAUUUCAGCUACAGAAAAGUCAAAACAUGCAUUGGAAAUAGGAGAAACUCAUGAUUUUUCUCUUUAUGAUGGGUAAGUUAAGUUUAAGCAGGGUGAAUUGCUGACAUAUUCCUCAAUUUUGAAAACUUAUUGUAUCCUGGUCCUUCACUGCUGUACAUUUAUUAUUCAGUUAAACAUUUAGGUUAUAGACUUACAUUACAUUGCAUUUUCAUAAACAAGUCCAGUACUCCUAUUUCUUUAUUUUCAUUCAAUAUUACCUUAUGAUUAUUUAAACAAUUAAAGUUUCAAACUUUCAAUGCAUUGAAUAUUUCAACACCUUCAGCUUUCUUGCUAAAAACUAAUCAAAUUUUUUUUUCAGAAUUGUCAUUGUUGGAGGGGAUGGUUUAUAUCAAGAACUCCUGCAGGGCUACACGAUACAAAUACAAAAAAGAUCAGGGGUCAAUUAUCACUCUUCUGAAGCUGAAUUUGCUAAGCCAAACAUACCUAUAGGGAUUAUACCUGCUGGUAUGUUUGCCUCUUAAAUUUUUAAGUAGAAUGAAUGAAUUUUGUUUUCUUAUACAUCAUGUGUCAUUCUCAUAUUUUUCUUCUUUUUCUACAGCAUUUUAAAGUUUUAAAUUUAAAAAUCCAAUUUAUUUUCUUCUGUAAUCAUUAUUUUGCACUUUAUUAUAUGUCAAAGUCAAAUGCAUUAAAGUAUUUAAAGAAAUUUUUUUCUUUAUUCAUCAGGUACAGGAAAUGGUGUGAGUGGAUGGGUAAAUGGAACAAUUGAUAUUGAGACAGCAGUGCUAAAUAUUAUCAGGGGUAACUGUAUAUUUUAUCAAAGCCAUUUAUUGCUCAUUUAAACUGACUAGUCAUUAAAUCACUAUAAAGUUAAAAUUAAUCUGUCAACCUCCUUUGUAAUAUUUAUGCAUGAUGUCAAAUAUUUUUGUAACCCAAGUAGCAUAAAAAUUCUGUAUUUGCCUGUCUCAUUAUUUGCCUAUAGUUCCAAAUAUAUUUGGGUAAAUGAAAAGCCAUUUUACCUUUUGUUUUCUUUCUAUAAUAAUUCUUAUUAAUUUUACCUACACGGUCCUUACAGUAGCCUUUCAAUUCCCCGUACUUUAUUUUAUACAUUUAUUUAUUUAAAUUUUUUUUAUGUUUGAUUUCAAACUGUGUGAUUUCUUUGGACACUUCCUCAAUCAAUUCAAUAUGACUUCCUGUUAAAUAUUCCCUUCUAUCAACUAUAUGUAUCUUUCUUUUGUCCCUCUUUGUAUGUUCUUGAAGACUUCUUAUUUGAAAUGUCCAUUUUCCUCAUCUCUGUGUUAUAUUUCAUAUUGCUUCUGCCUGAAUGCAGACCUCCCCAUAUUACACUUGUGGUAAUUUAUCACAUUUUCACAUAACUUAUAUUAUCAGCUAAAAUGAGAUAUGCUCACCUAGCUUGGAGCACUUAAAGCAUUCAGCACAUCACAAGUGAAAACUUUAGUAAAUUCAAUUUAAUAUUCGUGUUUGAAAAAGAAAUUUAACAAAAUUAUGUUUUCAAUUAUUUGCAGGGGAAAACCGCAGGGCUGAGAUCUUCACUGUUCACAGCAGAGAAAAGUUUGUAUGUAUCAGUGCGCUUGUGUUUGGCUAUGGGAUGUUCUCUGACAUGAUCAAGAGAACUGAUGAGCUGCGUUGGAUGAAGAAAGCUCGUUAUCCUUGUAAGCUUUUUAUUCUUGUAUGAUUCUUAUCCUCAUAGGUCGUUAUUCUUGUAAACUCGUUAUCCUGGUAAGCUCAUUAUCCUUCUAAGCUUGUUAUCCUUGUAAGCUUUUUAUUCUUGUAAGAUUGUUAUCCUUUUAAGCUCAUCUUGGUCAAAAUUAUUUAGUUUGCAUUUUUUAUAGAAUGAGCUUAUAAAAUUUAUUACACUACCUUAUUGGUUUUUAAAAGUUAUUUUGAAUUUAAAAAAUGUGCAUUCGAAAAAAAAUUAUUAAAAAUUUUGUAAAAGAUCCAUAUGUUUUUUAAUAGUGCUAAAAUAAUGAAAACAGUGAAACAUUAUAAUUUUUUGGUUUUCAUUUUCCUUCUUUUUCUUCAUUGAUUUUAGUGUCCAAAAUCAUUGAAAAGAUGUCUUAAAAAGAUUGUUCUGCUUGUGUUCUAGAUGCUGCAGCAGUGACCUUGUUCAAAAAGAAGAGAGUUUUUAAAUGUGAAUUAACCUACCGUUUAAGGAAAGAUCUUACAAGUACAGACCCAUGCAACAAUAGGUACAAACAUCUUUAGUUUUAUAGCCCGGGCUGUAGUUUAAUCGCCAACAACUUUGAGAAAACAGCACUAGAAGUUAUUUUUGUACUUUGUGUGUAACUUAAAAUUAUUUUUUUCCAGUACUGAAAAUAAACUGGAUCCCGAUAAACAGGAGCAAAAUCAUAAUUCAGGUAAAUGAUGAUAUAAUAAGCGAAUUGAACAAGAUUGUAAUAGUUUUUUUAAAUAUAAGCACUCACUUAGAUUGUACAUUCAUGUAUUUUGAUUCUGCGCUAGAGGGUAUUGACUACAUAAAGCUAUCAUCAGUUUUUUUUAAUGCAUUAAAAGAAAAUUCCAUAACUCCUCCACGAAACCCCACCCUGACAUAUUUGAACCAAAUUUUUUCUUUUUGUCCUCUUUUACUAGGGAGCUUAAAUUUGUAGUUAAACAUUUUUAAAGCGCAAUGAGACUGUAAACAUGACAGCUAUAUUAAGCCAGAUACAUUUUAAAAAUAAGGGGAAUAACUUUCAUUGUGUAAAUCUAAUUUUAAAUAACUUUUGUAAUGGCUACUUGGGCAAGUUGGUUAGAGCUUCAUUCUGGAAUGAUUUGACUGCAGGUAGGUCUCUUUCUUGUUAAAAUAUGAGUAGCUCAUAAAUGCCCUCCCUGGCUUUUUAGUGGCUACGAAGAGCAUGUUUGUUGAAACACUUCUUAUAUUCUUUAUCAGAUUGGAUAACUUAUACCAAGAGCAACAACAGGUACUGUGGCAUCUUCAGUUUUGCUUGUGAUGCUGUUGACCUGGAGGAUCGGUGUGUUAUAAACCCUUUCGGCUCUCAUGUGCAACUCGGCAUAGAUACUGGGUGUGGACAAAUAGCGCUGUUGAAAAGUCUCAUUAAAUUUUCAACUGGAAAAAAAGCACCAGUAAGUUGGUUUCAUUCCACUGCAGUUACAAAUUACUUACUUUGUGAAUUGUGGAGUAGGCUUGAAAUAGGCAGGACUUGUAAGGUUAUUUUUUUAUAACUUUAACCCAUAAAAUUCUCCAUAUUUAAAAAAUGUUAUCAUUUAGAUAUUAUUAAAAUUAGUCUCAUAAACACUUAUUAGGGGGAGGCGUAUUAGAUAUAGUGAUAUAUGUGAACCAAUAACUAAAAAAAAAAUUAACUUAAAGAACUGUUUUCCAGUUGAAGCUAAAUUGUCAUAUUUUGUUAAAAUAAAAAUGUUUGAAUUUGGUUUAUAAAAUUAAAUUUUGCUUAUUUGUCCAGUCCACAACACCUCAAAAUCUUGACUUCAUCUCAAAUGUCACUGCUUUCCGGAUCAAACUUUUGAGAGAUGACACUGAGACGGAUGACAGCGUGUCUGGGGCAAGGGCUAAGGCAAGAGAGCUUGAGAACCUUUUGGAUAUUGAUGGGGAGGUUGUUUAUGUGGAGAACCCAGAAAUGGAAGUCAGGUAAGCCAACUUUCUAAAAUAUCCAUGUGUGAAGUAUUUUAUCAUUGACAUAAUUUAAUAGAGAGUAAUUAACACAUUUUGUUUUAUAAAUUGAAAUUACAUCUUUUUUUUUUUUUUUAAUAAACCUCUUUGUCCAGGUUGCAUGUGUCAUUUGUUCCUCUCUAUGGAUGCAUUAGGAUGAACAGAACAGAAGUAGCUAAUGGAAAAUAAGUUGUUGCUUUUAUGGUAAAAGAGUCUAAUGCUACUUUGUUGAGGAGGCUCUUUCUGUCGAAUCAAGUGAAGGUUUAUAAGUUUUAUCAUAAAAAUCUCAAAUCAUCUAAUCCUGUUAGCUGUAGGCACAAUGUCUAAAUUGGUAAUUAAUAAAUAAAUAAAUCUGUGACCGAGUUGUUACAAAUUUUCUAACAAUGACUCCUCACUCUGGACACUCUUCCCUGUAUUAACAUGUUCUACGUAAAAAGAUGUUUCAAAGCUGUGUGGAGUGUUGCCUUUUGUGAUUUAAUUCCCAGAUUCAAACCGAUGUAAAAGUUGCC